AGUUCUUGCUCUUAGUCUUCAUCCCCUCCUCAUGUGACUGUAUGGUACCGGGGCCGCAAUCUGCAAUCUGCAAUUGCUGACUCUUUGCUCUUGGCUACAUCUUGGCUGUUGGCUCUAUCAACGCUGAAGCGACGUAUUUUGUCUUCGACGAAUAAUCACACUUUACAUCAACAUUUUAUCGUUAGGAGUGAAAUAAUCGCGAAUCGUAGAGCACAGCGUUAACUUCUGUGUUCUUUGAAAGAAACGGAAGCGUAUUUUUCUCUAACCUACUCGAGGAUCGUUGAUUACGACAAAACAUGACCAAGAACGUGAUGCGGAAGCCGAUGGAGAAUGGCGAUAACCGUGGAUCCCAUGGACAAGCCUAUAAAGACAAGAGCAAACCUAUGGACAUUCGCAGCAGCAACAUCAAUGCUGCCAAAGCUGUCAGUGAUGCGAUACGUACAAGUCUUGGACCCAGGGGAAUGGAUAAGAUGAUUCAAGCUGGUAAUGGAGAAGUUACCAUUACAAAUGAUGGUGCUACUAUCCUGAAAGAGAUGAAUGUGAUCCAUCCUGCAGCAAAAAUGCUUGUUGAGUUGUCAAAGGCUCAGGAUGUAGAAGCUGGUGAUGGUACCACGAGUGUUGUCGUAAUAGGGGGAUCACUGUUAGAAGCAGCAGAACGUUUGUUGCAGAAAGGCAUUCAUCCUACUUCGAUCAGUGAUGCUUUUCAGAAAGCAGCAUCUAAAGCGGUAUCAAUUCUAACAGAUAUGUCUAUACCUGUUGAUCUAACAGACAAAGAAUCUCUUGUAAAGGUUGCCGCAACAUCCCUUAAUUCUAAGGUUGUGCAUCAACAAUCUAGUCUUCUUGCACCACUUGCUGUGGAUGCAGUAUUAAAGGUUACAGAAGAAGGAAAGGAAGCAUCAGUUGACUUACAGGAUAUUAAGGUGAUAAAGAAGUUAGGAGGUACCGUUGAAGAUACUGAAUUAGUAGAUGGAUUAAUAUUUACUCAAAAGCCUUGUAAUGUUAAUGGUCCGAGACGUAUUGAGAAAGCUAAAAUUGGAUUAAUUCAGUUUUGCAUCUCACCACCAAAAACUGAUAUGGAUCAUAAUGUUAUUGUGUCCGAUUAUGCAGCGAUGGAUCGUGUGUUGAAAGAAGAACGUGCUUACAUAUUAAAUAUUGUAAAACAAAUUAAGAAAGCAGGUUGCAAUGUACUUCUCGUGCAAAAAUCGGUUUUACGCGACGCUAUUAGCGAUCUCGCAAUACAUUUCUUGGACAAAAUUAAAGUUAUGGUAAUAAAAGACGUAGAGCGCGAGGAUAUUCCUUUCGUGUGUAAAACGCUAGGUUGUAGGCCAAUUGCAUCGCUGGAUCAUUUUGUGCCUGAAAAUCUUGUCAAUGCGGAGCUCUGUGAGGAAGUUCAAACUGGAAAUUCGAAAUUUGUUAAGAUCACAGGAAUUCAAAAUCAUGGGAAAACAGUCACAGUUCUUGUUCGUGGUAGCAACAAAUUAGUGUUAGAGGAAGCCGAAAGAUCGUUGCACGAUGCAUUGUGUGUCAUUCGAUGUUUAGUAAAGCAAAGAGCGCUGAUCGCCGGUGGUGGAGCACCAGAGAUUGAGUUGGCAUUGAAAUUAGGAGAAUACGCGGUGACCUUAGGCGGAAUUGACGCAUAUUGCAUUAAAGCUUUUGCAAAUGCUCUUGAAGUGAUUCCAUCAACGUUAGCCGAAAAUGCAGGUUUGAAUCCGAUAUCUACAGUAACUGAACUUCGCAAUCGGCAUGCGAAGGGUGAAAUAACAGCAGGAAUUAAUGUUCGGAAAGGCGACAUCACUAACAUAUUAGAAGAGAACGUGAUUCAACCAUUGUUAGUUUCUAUUAGCUCGAUAACUCUUGCUUCUGAAACUGUACGCAGUAUACUAAAGAUUGAUGACAUUGUCAAUACGACUCAAUAAAUUAUGAGACGCAAUUUAAAGUUUAUUUCGUAUUUGCAACUUACAUGUUUAUCACAUUCAUUUCACGGGUUACGAAAGUCUAAACGUUAACAGUUAUUAUCAUAUAUGCUUUUUGCAAAAGUUUUAUAUAAUGUAAUAUUUUUUCACACUCUGAAUAAAAAUAUGCGUGAAACAUUUCAGUGUAAAGCAAUAAUUCGUAUUUAUUUUGGCAUAAUAUAUGAAUAUAACAUAAAAGCAUAUAAAAUUAUUAUAAUCUACCUUAAUUUAAAAAAUUGACAUUCUUUUUAUCAAAGGAAGAGGUAAAUUUGGGAGAUUCUGUAAAUAUUAAUAUUUGUAUUUAAGAAUGAUUAAUACAUAAUGUGCAUACGUAUGAUUCUUUUAACAAUUUAAUUAAAAUAUAUAAUCUCAUACAACAGAAUUCUGGCAAAUAAUUAAACGUUAAGUACAUCUUGCAUAUAAUAAAAUAUAUAUUUAUCCGUA